AUGUACAAUGUCGAUAUGCGUGAGCUGAGUUUCGUAGACUGGCCAUUCAGAGAGGACUGUAACUGCACACCUGAGAAGAUGGCCCAGGCUGGGUUUAUUCACUGCCCCACUGACCACGAGCCCGACGUGGCACGCUGCUUCUACUGUCUGAUCGAGCUUGAAGGCUGGGAGCCAGAUGACGACCCCUGGUCUGAACAUGAAAAACGAUCCCCCAACUGUGGCUUCUUGAAAAUGAAGAAAGACUUCACAGAGCUGACUGUGGCUGAGUUUUUUAACUUGGAAAAAGAAAGGCUGAAGGUCUACCUUAAAAAGGUUUGUCAUCAGAGGAUCGCCUACUUCCGAGAAGACACAAACCGCACACUUGCAUGCCUUCAGUCACAGCUGGACUCCAUUUGA